UGGUCAUCAUGUUCAGUGACGUGUGCUAAUGGCACCCACUACCGAAACAGAACUUGUCAUGGUCCCUUUCAUGGCGGCAGUGAUUGCGGAACAGAAGACAGUCAAAUGGAAUGGUGCAAAGACAGGGAAUGUCCAAUUGACGGCGUAUGGAAUCCAUGGGCAGAAUGGGGUGAAUGCUCUCAUACAUGUGGUGGAGGAACUCAGCAACGAUCCAGAACUUGUGAAGGGCCAUAUUAUAAUGGAGCUGAAUGUUCUGGUAGUCUAACAGAUACCGGAUCUUGUAAUACUUUCUCUUGUCCAGUUGAUGGGUUAUGGAUGUCCUGGCAGGAAUGGCAGCAAUGUAACGUCACAUGUGGUGGCGGAAUGCAAAUCAGAGAACGCGUGUGUGAUGAACCCAAAUUUGGGGGUGCAUCAUGUCACGGACCAGCUGUUGAACCCCGGGAAUGCAACACAAAUAAUUGUCCAAUCGAUGGAGUUUGGAUGACCUGGGGUGAUUGGGGUGACUGCACCCUAUCCUGUGGCAAUGGCACUCAAGUACGCACGCGCACUUGCGAUGGACCAUUUUAUGGCGGCAAAGACUGCGAUCCUCCUGCUGACGAAACCCAGUCUUGCAAUACACAACCCUGUCCAGUUGAUGGUGUGGAAAGCAAAUGGAGCAACUGGGGAACAUGUUCGGUUUCCUGUGGGGACGGCGUUAAUGGUCGCCAGCGAGUGUGUAUUGGUCCAUUCCAUGGAGGCCUCGACUGUCAAAAUCCAUUAGAAGAAAGAGGUACCUGCAAUGAAAGACCUUGUCCAGUUGAUGGAGAAUGGGGGCCAUGGGCGGACUGGGAGUCUUGUGACGUAUCUUGUGGCGGAGGAAAACAAAACAGAAAAAGGACCUGUAACACACCGCUUCAUGGCGGAUUGAGUUGUAUAGGAGUUCCUAUAGAUACCAGAACAUGUAACGAAGAUGAAUGUCCAAUUGAUGGAGUUUGGAGUGAAUGGGGAAUGUGGGAAGACUGCAGCGUUACCUGCGAUUUCGGCUUGCAAAAUAGAUAUCGCAAUUGUACAGGUCCAUUUUUUGGCGGGAAAGAAUGCCUAGGUUUCAAUAGUGAUAGUCAGUCAUGUAGUCGGCCUCCAUGUCCAGCCCAAACAAAACCAUAUUUGGUUUCACGGACAUGUUCGCGUUAUUUGCUCAAAUAUGAUUUGAGGUCGAUGGCUACCUUAACCAAUGGUCUGAUUGGUCAGAGUGUGACGUCACAUGUGGGGGCGGAAUUUCAUGGAGAAACAGAACAUGCAUCGGACCAUAUCAUGGAGGAGCGGAUUGUAUUGGAGCCCUCAAGGAUACCAAAGAAUGUAAUAUGCAUAACUGUCCCAUUGAUGGUAUCUUUGAGCCUUGGUCUCCAUGGGAACCAUGUACUCUGACAUGUGGGGGAGGUACCAAAUACCGAGAGAGGAAUUGUACAGGACCUUAUUUUGGUGGUGCGGAAUGUCCAGGAUCGUUUAAUGAAACUGUAGCUUGCAAUGAACAACCCUGUCCAAUUAACGGUAUGUAUGAGCAAUGGUCGCCAUGGAGUGUAUGUACCCUUACGUGUGGUGGAGGCACUCAAGUGAGGGAUCGGGUUUGCAUUGCCCCUCAGUACGGUGGUGCCGAUUGCCAGGGACCUCAAGAUGAAACCCAA